AUGUGGAACGCCAUCAGAAAAUAUCGAGUUGAAAUUUUCUUAAUUUUCGCUUUAUUGAUCGGAGCAAUUUGUAUUUUAAACAGAGAUGAUCCCAGAGAUAAAAAGGUAAGUCUAUCAAAAAUACUGAUCAAAUUGAAACUUCAGCACCUUCUCCCAUUGAAACUUAACGUUUCGCAUAGUGAUAGAAGUGGCGGAAAAUCGAAAAAUGGUGUUUCAAAUGAAGAACAGAAGAGUUUGUUUGAAGCUGUGAGCUCAAAACAACUUAAAAAUCAUGAUAUUAUUUAAUUUUUUUACAGAAGUGCCAGCUCGCGCGCUUGAAAGUCGAUAAUCCGGAGGUUUCCCAUUGCAUUUUUUUCACUUUUAGUCAAAUUUUACAUUUUAAGAUAUCAAAAUUUUACAAAAAAUCCCCAACCUCUUGCUUGUCAAAAAGCUGGCGUCGUUGAACCGGACUGGCUGUUCUUGGAUGAAAAAUAACUUUGUCCAUAUUGCCGAGAAGAGGUGAACGUUUUGAUAUUUUUUUAAAAGAAUUUGUUUUAUUUUUUUAUUUUUUUCCGUUUUGCGCAACGUGUAUACGGCCAUGCGUUAUAUUCGACGACUUUAAUAGUUUUCUCUUUUUUUUUCGAUUCUUUUUCUGUAUGUUAUUGUGAUUUCUGAUAUUCAGGAAAGACUUGAAAUGUUCGGGAGAGUAUUUCCUGUGGAGCGACGUCCAGAACAACGAAUUCUCGAACUCUUUCCCAAUUAUCGACGGAAAAAGACUCAAUGCAGCCGAUUUCGGUCUCGUAACUUGUGAAGUGCCAGGAGCAUUCAGCUUUUUCACGGAGAAAUGGUUAAAAAUGAAAAAUAAAUUCUUCAUAUUAUGAAUUGAUUCAGGAACUCUAUUUUGUGGACUUUGGCCGAAGAUGAAAAAAAGCGGCGGAAAAAAAGCCAGAAAUAUUUUAGCGAGUUCAAAUCGUACGGUGGAUGAUUAUAUGAAUGUUUACAUCUUGAGGUCUUCAAAUUCUUUUUUUUAAUAGUAAAAAACAUUUUUUUCAGUUUCGAUUCAAUGAGCCAAAUGGGUUUCCGUCGGAAAAUGCCUAAAACUGUCAAGUUUCUCGAAGAAACUCUUGGUAGUGUAGUUCUGAACGGUAUUAUUAACUUUCCUGAUCUAAUAAAUGGAUUUUUAGGUUAUAAUAUUGUUGGGGAUGGGACUCCGCAAGCUAUUAUUCCAAUUUUAACCGGCCAGACUGAGACAGAACUUCCUUUAACUAGGUUUCGAAAGUUGUAAGUCUGGAAUGAGGAGAAAAAGUUCAGAAAACGGUACAAUGAUGCGAAAUUUGUCGAUGAGGUUUAUCCGUUUAUUUGGAAUAAUUUCACGGAUUCUGGAUAUGUUACCAUGUACGGCGAGGAUAUGUUUUCACUGGGUCAGUUUCUAAAAUUGAUGAAGAUAAUAUGCAGCUCCCAAAAGAGAAUAAGACUAACUUGCAGCUCCCAAAAAAUGAGGAGACCUACUUGCAGCUCCCAAAAAAUGAGGAGACCUACUUGCAGCUCCCAAAAAAUGAGGAGACUAACUUGCAUCUCCCAAAAGUUGAUAGGACUAACUUGCAGCUCCCAAAAGAGGAUUAGACUAUCUUGCAGCUCCCAAAAAAGAAUAGGACUAACUUGCAGCUUCCAAAAGGUGAUAAGACUAACUUGCAGCUCCCAAAUGCCGUUAAAACCAACUUGCAGCUCCCAAAAAUUGAUAAAACUAACUUGCAGCUCCCAAAAAAUGAUAAGGCUAAUUUGCAGCUCCCAAAAACCGUUUAAACUAACUUGCAGCUCCCAAAAACUGAUAAAACUAACUUGCAGCUCUCAAAAAAUGAGGAGAAUAACUUGCAGCUCCCAAAAAGUGAGGAGACAAACUUGCAGCUCCCAAAAAUAAAAAAGCUUACCAUGUUCCCGCUUGAAUUUUGAACAAUAUCAAAACUCCAAAGGCUUACCGUAGCUUUGUCUUCCCGCUAAGACCCAGUUUUCUUCAGACACGUUCACCUACCGCCUGAAAGGCUUCUCAAAACCGCCAACUACCCAUUAUACCAGACCUUUGUUCAAGGAAAUUGAAAAUACCGUGGAUCCGAAUUGUGUUGGAGCCGUUCCGACUCAUAAGGUUUCUAUUGCGAAAAAAGAGGGAAAUCUGGGAAAAUGUGGAAAUUGCGCUCCAAGGAGAAAGGCUCGAAAAUGAGUAGAAAAACGUCUUUUGAAAGAUAAAAAAUACCGGAAAAUGACAGUAAAUCCAUAUUUCAAGCCGAAAAAAGGCCUGAAUCACAGAAAAGUCCGCGUUUUUUGGAAUUGUCUCUAUGUAGCGCAUUAAAAAAACUGUUUCUAAGGCUCUUUUUCAAAGAAAGAAGUCGAAUUUUCAUUCAGAAGUGGUUCGAGUACGGGCGCAGGUUCAUGAAGGCCUAUGAUAAUAUUCCCAAAUUUUUGUUCCUUCACCAAGGAAGACUUUCUCAUGACGACAUGAACCUGAUCAGUGUGCAGGAUCAAGAUUUGGCUGAUCAUUUGGCUCAAAUGCAUAAGGAAGGUUUGAAAAAUGAGGGAAAAUGCAAUAUUUGCUGAUUUUUGACGAUUUCUGGUUUCGUCUCCACUGGAAAUUGAAAAUUGCACUUUCUGAGCGUGAUUUUAAGCUUUUUUCUUGAAAUUGAACUUUCAGUUUUCUGGAGGAGGGGAACAUUUUUGAAGAAUUUUAAGCUUGAAAUGAUUGACCUGAAAUUUUUGAUAAAAUGCGUCAUUUUUGAAGAAUUUUCAAGCCUGAUCCCUAUAGUUUCUGCUCGAAAAUUACUCGAGUUUAAAGGCGCAUAGUCUUAUUUCAUUUUGUUUAUUGAAAUGAAUAGUCUUUUAUCGAGUUUUGAGCUUGAAAUGUUCACUCUUAUCCCUAUAUUGUCUGCUCAAAAAGGUCCUCGAUGGUGCUUUUAAAGGCGCAUGGCCUUUUUUUCAAGUAUCGAAGCGAAGAGCCGUUUUCAAUGGUAUCUUAGACUUCUGGGCUCUUCAAAAUCAUGAUUUUCAGCUUGAUAUCAUAUUUUUGAGGUCAUUUUGACAACUCCUUGGUGAUUUUGAUGGCGGACCAUGGGCCGAGAUUCACGGAAAUCCGACAAACUCAUCAGGGACAACUGGAAGAGGUUGCUUUCCCAUUUUGAUAAGAAUUAAAAAAGUUAUUUCUUUUUUGAAACACAGUGCUCAAAAGGUCACUUAAUGACUACUUGAUGAAGACACUAAAGUGGUCACUGAAUAUUUUCUUCAGUGAAGCCAAUAUUUUACAUCUAAGUGACCGCUAUAGUAGUGUUUAGUGGUCGAAUAGUACCACAUUGACUUUUCAAAAGGAUGCUAAUUUUAAGCCGCUUAAGUGGUCACUAAUUUGACUACUAUAUUGGCCACUGAAACUUCAAAAUCCUAAAGUGCCCACUUAAAUUUCCCCAGAGCAUUUUGGAAAGAAGUUUUAAGAAAAAAAUCCAUUUCAUCUUUUUGAACAGAAAAGGGAAAUUUUUCAGCGCCUUCCAUUUUUCUCCCUGGCCCUGCCAAAAAAGGUCAGAAACACGAGGAGAGGCGAGAUUAUGUACAAAAAUUUGGUCGUCAAUCAGGACAGGUUUCGUUUUUUUCUUUUAGCCAUUCCAAGUGCGACCACGGAACUUGAAAUCGAGACUAAUCAGAAUUGAGAAUUUCAGAGUGGUCCCUAAAGGAACAAGCUUAGAGGCCCUUGGAGGGUCCACUUUAGGGAACACUCAACGAACCCCUUGCAAAAGUGGUUACUAUAGGGAUUUCAGUUAGUUUCAGUCCUAUAGUCUGUUCAGAUUUCAAACGUCAAGUCUUCGCUUAAGCUCCGCCCCCUAAUGGCGCGGUAAACCAAUCAGAGAGCGAGCCAUCCACAUAGUGUUUUUGAAUGACGUCAUUGCACUUGACAUUCAAAAUCUGAACAGUCUAUUCGCAAAAAAGCAGUUCCAUACGAAAAAAAAAAACGUUUUUUGAAUAAAAUUGAUAGGCCCCUAUAGGGACCACUUAAAUUUCAGCCUUAUAGGGACAUUUUUCUGGUCCCCUAUAGGGUGUUUUUUGCCUGACCACUAUAGGGGCCAUCAUGGAAUUCCUAAGUAAGUUACGCUUUUAUGCUUUUCUCUGCGCCCUCCUCGUCUCUCGGCCACGCUCUCAUGUUGACGCGCUGUUUUCCCGUUUUUUUUUGACCUCGCCAGGGAGGGAACAGAGAGACGCAGACGCGUCAAGUCGCGGAGGACCGGCUUUAUUCCGCUAAUUUUUCAUUUUAUCGAUUUUUUCUCCAGAUUGACCAGUCCUUUCGACAUUUAUUCGACCUUGAUGGAUGUCCUGAAGAUGCCUGAUGUGGAAUUCACAAAAAGUUUUUUUGAUUUAUAAUCAAUCAAUAAUUAAUUUAAGCCUCAACCGAUCUCACAACGGUCUCAGUCGCUUUUCAAGCCCAUUUCUGAACGGAGAACUUGUGCGCAGGUUUUUUUUUUCGAAAUUGUCUGAUUUUUAGCCUUUUAGAGAGUAUCACUCUUUUCAGAUUUACUUCAAAUAAAAAUCAAUAAUUUAUUUUUUUAAUAUUGGAUUAACCAUGUUGGAUGUGUUAGGUUUGAGGGAUUUUAGUUGAAGGGGCCCCUUGAGAGGAGAGGAACAGAGUGGUCACUUUAGUGAGGAGUUAGCGGCCACUCUAGGGGUCACUUACAAGCUUAGCUCAGCCCUUAGCCUCAGUCGAGUUGAGAAAUUCUUCUUCAACAGCAAUUUUUUGAACUCUCUGUGAAUGAACUUCAAAGGGAAAUUCGCUAUAGGGAUUACUUCAGUGGUAAUUUCAAGUGGCAACUCAAGAGACCCGCUUAGUUCGAUUUGAGCUGAGAAAAAGCGAGAAAAUGUCUUUGUCUUAUAAAUCACUCAAGUGGGUACUUGAAGCGAUACGAUGGUUUUCAGAGUGAUCACUUUAGUGGUUCCUUUGAGGUAUCAUGUUUUGCCCUCUUUAGUGACCACUUAACAGUUUCUAGGGCUUCUCUCAAUUUCUAUGUUUUCAGGCAGGAAUAGCUCCUCACUGGUGCACCUGUCUCUCAUGGAGUGACGCCUUGAGUGAUCCGGGAGAUUUCCGGGUGUCCCAGCGGCUUGCCCGGGCUGUCGUCGACGCCAUCAACGAUGAAACGGCUCUUGAACGGAAACUGUGCGCCAAACUGAAGCUUGAUAAGCUCCUAGAGUCCAAGAAGUAAAACUUAGUCCUCUGGCCGCAUUGGGAAUGGCUCGAAGCGUUGCGGAUGCGGAGCGGAAUGAUUUUAAGUCCGUAAGAUGCAGUUUUUGAUGUUGAUCCCAAAUCUUGUUGAACAAGUCUAUGAAAAAAGAUAUGAGCGUUUUUUUUUGGAAAGAAGUCAUAUUUAGAAGGCUCGUUGAGAGGCCUCAAAUCUCCUCUUUUUCAAAAUUGCGAUGCUUCAAAAGCUAGCCAUGAGAAAAAAUGAUUCAUUCGAAAAGAGAGAAAUCGAGGUGAAAAAGUAUUACGUCGAAUAGAACAAGAGUCCUCCGGUCUUGUCUUGCCGUUGGCGUGGCCGCCAUUUAUAGCUGUCGACGGCGGCUCUGAAAGCUUCAAAGUUUUAACUGGCCUGAGAAAAGAGCGUGGGCUCGCGACGGUAAGAGCUGAUGCAAUCAGCGCUCGUCGGAAUGCUAUCUUAAAAGCCUUUGGGCCGUCUGGAGCUUUCUGCAUGUUUUCUAAGCUUUUUCCGGCUUCCUCGCACCUUGGUCGCCAUCUAACAGUGCGAAAGGUCGAGGUACUCAAUGAGACUUGGUAUAUAGCUACUUUCGUACCUGAAACCAAAGAAGUUGAAAAAAAGUGCGCUCAAAAUGUUGGAAUUCACCAUUUUAUGCAGUUUUGAGCAAGAUUUUCGACAAAAAGUGUUUUCGUCUCGUAUUUUUUUCAGACUUAAUGGACUUCAAUGAACAGUAAGAAUGUUUUCAUUGAAAACUUUUGUCAGAAUAAGGAAGAAAAAGAUAUUGCAUACAAUUUUGAACUUUUCAUUCAUUAAAAUUUCUCCAAGAAAGAGUCUACUAACACAAGGAACGAUGGAACAAAAAAGUUUUUGUCGAAAAUCUUGCUCAAGACGACAUAAAAUGGUGAAUUUGGACAUUUUGAGCGUUGUUUUUUCAAUAUCUUCUUUGACUUCAUCAAUUUUUCCAAGAAAAAAAAAAUGGCAAAAAUGAAAUGCCCCAAAAGGAUUCGAACUUGCAUCAUAGGUUCCACAGUGCAAGGCCGCUCGCCACUACACCACGCCGCCGGCUGGCAGCUAGAGUUAGCCGCCGCAAGACAUUCCCUCCUUCCAUCCAAUGCGUUUUUUGCAUGCAAACUUUGAGGCGCCAUAACUCGACUAGAACCAAAAAGGCGCACUUUUUUCAACUUUAUUGUAAUCAGGGUGUCCUAAAGUACCUAUGUACACGGUUCCAUUUAAUUCAAAUACCUCGACCUUUCGCACUUCCCGUAAAAGGGCUAGUGUGAAGAAGAACAAGAAGAGAGAGAGAAAAACAAGAAAAAACCCAGAUUUUGGCUCUUGGAGCUGCGAGGAAAUCAAGAAAUCAGUUCGUGGAACUGCUCAGCCAAUGAUGCCCAGCCAUGGAGCUGUUAGACUUCUUAGGUAGAAGUGAAGAUGCUAGAAAAGAGGAAAAUACCUUUUUUUCGAGCUCUUAGGCGUGUAGUUGUCUGGUAGCCGAUGCAUCAUAUCCUCGCGAGGUCCUUUCUCCUUGAUCGGAGAGCCACGCGGUGUUUUUCUUGUACCUUAAACUUGUGUAAUUAAACCUUUAUUAUAAAAAUAAACAAACGAAACGAAAUAAAAUGAUAAAAAAGUGAAAAGGAGAAACGAUCAGCCUGGCUGUCGGAGAAAGAAUGAAGCAAUCGUGUGGCCCGUGAGCUUUUAUCAACUCGGUGACGACACGGUUUCUUAAAAGCUUUUGAAAGGUUUGGUCUGAUGCUCACUAGGAAACGUUUUUACUUUUUGGCCUAAUUUGCGUAUUUUGCACACUUUGAAGCUCUAUAAUUCGGAAACAGGAUCUAUUGCGAGAAAUUUGUUUCUUGAUCUGCCAUCAGGGGGUCCUAAAGUACACUUCAGCAAAGUUUCAGCAAAUGUUCAACCGGGGGGGGGGGGACAAAUUUUAAGUCGUCAUAACUUUUUCAUAGACUUUUUUGGAAAUUUUCAAGGUCAGAUAUGGAUUCAGAAUGGAAAACUGCAUCUAGCGGUUAUCAGAAGUGAACCUACGGCGAUGUUUCUUUGAAUAAUUUUAACUUGGACGCGACCGCAACGCUUUGAGCCAUUCCAAAUGCGACCAAAUCUUUUCAAGAAUGGGAUUUUUUCCAGACUCACCUCCAACCAGGACCUUUUGGCGUACAAUGGGGUCAAGGACAAGGACGGAUUUGUACCGAAUCUCAGCGGAACUACCGCCGCAAGCUUUGCUCAUUAUAAUAUCAAGUUCAAAACGAGGCCUGGGGCAGCUAUUUAUGAGGUGAGGAGAAACUUUUGGUGCUUAAGAAAUUCCAAUAUGUCAAGGGAAAUGGAGAAAUGACAGAAAAAUCGCCUGAGCAAAGAUUUCUAACCUAAGGCGUGCUCACUAAAACUUGAUCGAUCUAUCCUAUUUUGAACCCUAUAGUGGCUACUUGUGCUAGCUUCAGUGACCUUAUAGGGGGUGGUAAGCGAAAUCUUCAAGCGCUCCACGGUUGCCCCUGCAGGGACCACUCUGUCGUUCCUGAGUAACUUUAGUGACGUAAGCGCACUUAAGUGAUCACUAGUAACUAUCAGGAAUGCUUACGUCACCGAGGCACAAUUGGAGGGUUUUGAUGUUUCAUGAAUAAUAGAUCUUUUGCGUGGGAACCGGAAAACCGACUUUCCAAACACAAAAAUUACCGUAACUCGAAAAUUCAUACAGUAAUCCCAGAUGGUGUGUACUUUAAAAGUUUCUGAAAUUAGAUUACCUAUCGAUUGAUGUAUCACUUGCCUAGUAAAAACUCUCCAAUAUUUAGAUACGCAGGUGCCCACCUGCCUACCGUAACCCAGCUACAGUAAGAGGAAAUGGCUUGUUUUUGAGAAUUACAGAGACUGCGUGUUAAGUGCGCUUACGCCGCUUAAGUGAGGUUACGUCCCUAAAGUUACUUAGGAACGAGAGAGUGGCCCCUAGAGGGGCAACCAUGUGGAGCACUUGAAGGUUCCGCUUUAGAGGUCACUGGAGCUAGCAAAAGUGGCCACUAUGGGGUUCAAAAUAGGAUCAAGGUUUUCCCCUGGCUUUCCCCAGAAUUCUAAUCAACUUUUUUGUUUGCUUCAAGGUGACCUUGUUCUACGACGGCGUCACGGACUCGUCGCACCUGGAUCUGUCCCAUUUGAGCCAUGUGAAUCCCUACGGCGACAAACCCCACUGUGUCAUCGAUCGGAACUAUUUCCUCGCCACUUUUUGUGUCUGCUAUGAUAAGAUUUAG